AUGCGACAGGAGAGUGUCCAAAGAUUCGAUGCUGAAAAGAACGCAGAGGGCGAAUGGAAGGUUACGGUUCAUGACUUGAGUUCUAAAGGCCUCCGCCACUACACGGAUUCAUGGUAUAAUGGCGCAAACAUCCCAGGAAAACCUAGAGGGCCCCUCAACUACGCAGGUGGAAUUCCAAUGUAUCGGAAGACACCUCGGAAAGUGAGGGAGGAGAACUACACUGGCUUUAAAUUCAAGCUUAGUUCAUAUUAUAUUAUGUAA